GACCAUUCCUAAUCGGGAAGUAAAAUAAACAAUCACGACCUGACACAUGAUUUGCUUGGUACCUAUUUACUUACACGACUUACUUAUAUCUCCAUCUCCAUCUACAUCCUAGGAAUGCUGUUGGUAUCCACCCUUUAUGUCGCGUCGCAUGGCUUCAUGAAGCAUCUUUAUACACUUUUGGAUUUCAUCAAUUCCUAUGGACUUCGUUUUCUUACGACAUAAUUUGCUAUACAGCUUUUGGAGUUUGCAAGUUUGCUCAAUGUAAACAAAGCACGGUAUACAAACAGCUUAUCAUUAUCCACAUCGCCAUCCUCAUCAACUUUUUGAGCUCAUAUGCAUCCCUAAAAUAAACACCCUAUUUGCUUUGCUUCAUAACAAUAUACUUAGGUAUUCAUAAGCUUGCUUCAUGUCACCUGACGAACCCCGAACCCCUUAUAAGCCGAGGCGUCCACCACCUAGGCCAAAAGGAUCGGGAGAAGCACUACAGCCGUGGACUGCGGCGCGUUGUCAACGCUUACUAAGACCGUUAGUUUCGCGAAUCGCCUCAUUGAGAAAGGAUGCGACGGCAGCAUUACCUAAAACCACCGAGGACGAGCUUAGGCAGGAAGGGAGUACUGGCUUUGGACAACCCAAUACCAGCCACGAGUGGCUAGGCCCCAGGAAAAGGAUCCGCCUUACUUACUCUCAGAAGCGACCUUUUCGUCGUCGAGAAGAAUCGUCUAUCUCUGGAAAGGGCACUCAAGGACUAAAUACGACAGACUGUAUUCACCGAGGCCAAGGGAGAGCCCAAGUCGCCGGGGAGCUUGUAGCUGCCACACCUAUAUUAAAACGUGCUCGGGGCUACACUGUCAACUCUUCCCCCUUGUUUAGUGACUCAACUGAAAAAGUCGUACAGCCUAGAUCCAGCUGCGGACAAGAUCCUCGUUCCAAGGAGUCGUCCAAGCAGAAGGACCUGAGCCAACGACUCGCUAAAUUCCGGACUCAGUCAGCUCCAAGCAAACACGGCGAUUUGGAGGCAAUCUACCGGAGCUUGGAAGCACUCUUAAAAGCAACUCGACCUGACACUAACCAGACCCGAGGGCCACGCUCACUUCUCGACCUAUGUCUACGAAAUGUACCUCAGUAUAUCGAGGAGUUAGACGAAUGGGAGAGACUGGAGGCCGAGGAAAAUGGGACUGUUUCCACACUAGACGCUGACAACGCCUCGGUGUACAUAUAUAACUACCUGGAAUCGUUUGGGCCGAACCCUGCCCUUGGCUGGAGGCCUCUACGGGUUGUGGCCCGGGCGGAUGGGCUGAAGGCGGUCAAACUGGGGAUUUCGGAGGGGUUAUUUAGCGACGACUAUUCCGAACUGCUUAUCGACCUCUGUAUCCAAGUAGGCGCAUUGCCAGAGGCGAAGGAACUUGUCGAAGUGUUACUUGACCGCGAUUACCCCCAGCCAACAUCUCCAGAUAGCUCCUUUGCUGAACUACCGUCCCUUCGGCCCCUCUUGGUGCUGUGGAAUCUCACUGAUAAAAUCGGGUCCACUGCGUUUCUUCUACGAAAAUACUCGCAACUACUAUCCAGCGGCACUCUUCCACAAGACUGGCUUGUGACCCAUGAUUUCGAGCGCGUAUGGGCGGCAGCUGCUAAGGGCCUGUCAAUAGAGAAGGCAGCUGACGACGCCAUAAAUUUUAUGAACCAUUCGAUUCUAUUGCUUUGUCGUCGAAAACGCGCAUCAGGAGGUAGCCCUGAAAAAACGCGAAUAGAAAAGGACAUGGCUAUCGCUAAUGGACAGACGCUUAUCAGUGCUCUGACAAUGUUAGCUGCGAUGAGUUCGUUAGGCGAGACCGAGCUUCAAUCGGCACAUGUUUCUAACGCAGAGGUCUCAAAGAUACAGAUUAUCGGCGAUAGGCUUAGACUCAUUCUCAAAUCGUGCAUGGCGGACUUGGAGUCGUCGAAAAUGACGCGGUCUAGAUUUGGGAACGACUUAUUGCAUAUGGCACUUUUUCUCUCAUCCAAUAAUGCUCGAAGCGAUAGUGACUUUGUUUCUCGCCUCAGCAACAGCAUCGAGCAGGCAUGGCGGCAAAAUACGGAAUUUGGCGCUGCAAGAAGUCACGCUACCAGACAUCAUCUUGCCGAUAUAGCCUCGUUCGUGUCUUCGGUGGCCCGAAGUUGCGGCAGAGGAAUGUGUCUAGCGUCCCACGAUUGCCUCGAUAUGCUGUUCGGACAACUAAAAAGCUUGGAACUUGACCAGGAAAUUUUGGAUAGCAUGAAAGCUGUGGCGGCAUUUUCAUUAGCACAGCAGACGAACAAUGUCAAAGAUUUCAUCUAUGCAGAGAGGCUAGCUUGUAGCCAAUCUUUGGCUACAGGGGACGACGAUUGCCCCCGAUCACUGUUCACGGGUUAUCGAUGGGAGGAAACUAUAGGCGAGUGGGUGAUGGCUAGCCCUGUCGUUGAAAGGCGACGACGGCCUCAGACAAGGGCAAGGACAUCUAGAUCGUCGACCAGGUUAGACACGGAUCACAGUGAGAGCGACGUGCGCAAAAUAUCCACCCAGCUCCAGAAAGCCAUAUACGGCGACGCAUCUAGCGUUCGAGGUCUAGAAAUAGAGUCGGGGCAGGUAAACAGCGAACCUGAGAUCUCUCAUGCGCUCAGACCACGGCACGUCAAUACAAAGAAGCGUAUGCGACCUUAUGAAGACAACGAAUCCGGCGAGAAGGAUGAAGCAACUCUACUGUUAACCAAAUCUGGAUACCAUUCUUCCGAUGAUGAGCUUGGAUCAGAAAAAGAAAAUCAAAACCAUGUGAUGGAUAAGAAGUCAAGAAGGAGUAUGGGUAGAAGGGCUAUUCUUUCUAGGCCAGGUUUGAGUCUGGCAAGUCAAAGAAGUAAUAGUAAUAGUAUGAUUGGGGAUGAAAGUAGUGAUGAUGAGCUUUGUAUGUGAGCAUCGUUGUAUAUUAUAGCUACGAUGGAAUGUUGUAUGCCUAGGUACCUGUGGAUACAACUUGAAAUAAAUGAGGAUUCCAUAAGAGCCCGUUAGGUUAGAGUGGUGAGAUAGGAUAUGACUUUACGUUGUAGUAAUUGAGAGCUCAUGAAGAACGUUUCUGUAUUUAAGUGAUCUUGAUAUAGGGUAAAGAU